AUGGGGGCCCCGUCGUCGCCCACGGAGACGCCCGCGGGCGCGCGCGCGACGUCCCCGCCCCUCGCGGAGACGCCCGCGGGCACGCCGGGACGGAUGCGCGCGCGAGGGAUGACGACAUCGACCGCCCGCGGAAGCGCGCUCGGACGAACCCUGCGCGCGCUCGAGGACGCGCUCGCGCACGCCGACGCGCGGGCGAGGGAAGAUUUUGAAUUGCUCGACGCGCUCAGCGUGCGCGUCGCGAGUGGGUGCGAGGGGGGGCUCUUGCGGACGCUGGCGCUGGACGAGAGCGCGGCGGCGGCGGAGACGUUGACGCGGACGCUCGGACGCGGCGCGGCGACGGCGACGGUGAAUGAUGGUGAGGAAGAGGAGAGCGUGUAUCACGCGUACGCGCGGGCGAGGCGAGAGAUGGAGCUGAAGGCGGCGGCGCUGGUGGAGGCGCACGCGGCGUGUCGGGCGGAUCGAAUGCGUUUGUUGACGGAUCUCGUCACGGCGAGUAAAAUUUCAUCCAUGGAGAGCAAGUCGUGA